AUGCUGGCUUCUCCAUGCGAGGCGAUUUGGACUAUCUCUGGACAUAAAUUGCCCCGGACUGGUGUUAGCGAUAUCUCAUUGCUAUGGAAGGUGGCAGCAGCCUGCUUUGCGGCUUUGCAGCUGAUCGGGUAUAUGAUGCUGGCUGUGGUCGUUGGCUCCCCUCCCCAUGAGUUGCGAAUCAAUGCUACAGUAUCUACUGUUACUGCAUUCGUGUUUGUUAGUGCGUCUUAUGGUGUAUCAGCCCUGAUUUCUUUCGCCCAGCGCCACCGAAUGAUAUUCCUCCUCAACUCAAUCUUUAUCCCAUACUCAACGAUGAAUCUGCUCGCACUCCUGAAUAUACUGUUCCACAUCCACGGACGAAGCCUGCAGAUGAACACUUUGCUGAUCGUAAAUAUCUGCCUACCCGCUGCUUUCUCGGUGUGUUACGCUCUCGCGGGGAUCUUGAUAUAUCGAGAGUAUGGCCGUCACCGAGCGGAGGAAGGCACGCCGCUACUCACCGACGAAGAGAUGCAACGUCGCCAGUUGCUUCGCUUGUUGGGGGAACGGAAUAUGAAUGCGCCAUCGCCUGAACUUGUGCGGAACACUUAUCGCUUCGAUUUACCUGAGGAUGAGACAGUGCACAAGGACUGGAAUAAUUUGACUGUUUGA